UUAUUAGCGACUGCUCUUUCUUCAUCAAAUAUACGCACUUAGGGUUUUGAAAUAACUGCGGAUUCAGGUUUAUCCAUGGCAACAGAACCAAAAGCUACCACCGACGAUGUCAAGAUCGAUCUCUUCGAAGACGAUGAUGAAUUCGAAGAGUUUGAAAUUGACGAAGAGUGGGAUGACAAGGAGGAAGGGAAAGAAGUGUCUCAACAGUGGGAGGAUGAUUGGGAUGACGAUGAUGUUAGUGACGAUUUUUCUCUUCAGUUAAGAAGGGAGUUGGAGAGUAAUACUACUGAUAAGAAUUAAACCACCUGAGACUUGGGUGCUUGAUCACUUGGAAGUAGAUGAAAACUAUGCCUUGUUAGGAAGGAAAUGUAAGAACAUACAUACGGACAUAAUUUUCUAUUCUUUCCUGAAUAUCUGCUUAGAAGUUAUUGAGUGUUUGUACAUUAAUCAAAUUCUGCAUUAUUAGGUGGAGUAUGGCUUUGAAAGUUGACUUAAAACCGUGAAUUAUUCGUUCUUAUUUUCAUUAUGGAUUUGGGUAGGUGUGCUUUUUUAUGUGAA